AUCAGACUGUUUACCUGUAUCUUUCCAUCUCUCUCUCUCUCAGACUAUCUGUAUGUUUCUAUCCAUCCGUCUGUCUGUCUGUCUAUCUAUCUAUCAUAAAUUAACAGAUCUUGCAUUUCUACCGCACAUCUCUUUCACUUCCCCAACAAGUAUACAAAAUAAGAGAAUUCCAAGCCCCAUUUUAUAACACAUGUUUAUUUUUACAACCACUCGACCGAUGUUUUAUCUCGAGAAGUAAAGUUUUCUGCUUUAGGAAACGGUUUGGGGCCCCUCCCCAGAAAAAGAGGACAUUUGCAGCCGUUCCCCAAUGGGCCGGACGUUUCCACGUUCACCGGCCACUGUAUUUCCGUUCAGCGUUGAAGGCGAAGCAUUUUGCCCGAAGCUUAGUCUCCGAGUCUAAACUUAGCAGGACAGUUAGCAAAACCCGAAGCGUCCUCCUUCCCCUCCCAGUUCACACGUAGCUCUACAAUCCAAGUCUCGGGUAGGCAGGUUGGCUCGUUGCACCUGAACCCCUCCGCUGGUUUCGCAUCUCUCGGGAGGAUUUCGGGGCCGGAGAGCGUCUUCCAAAAGCGGAGUGGAUUCCCUACUAAAGCAGAGUGGAUUCCCUACCUAAAGCAGAGUGAAUUCCCAGUGGAUUCCCUACCUACAGCAGAGUGGAUUCCCCACCUAAAGCGGAGUGAAUUCCCAGUGCAGCCGCCGGGAAAUCUUGGGAGAACCAAACAGAGCAGAUCCUCUAAAUCCGAUUUAAUCGCGGAUUUCCCUCUUGCAUUGGAGUUGAACUGGCAGCUUCCCGAAACAGCGCGCAUUGCAUCCGCGCGCACGAUCACGAACAAGCCGUCUUAAAUCCUAGAGGAUCUUUUGGAAGGAACCGAGAUCCGCUGCCAGGGGGCUGCGAUCCACCGCGCGCCUUUCCCGGCGAGUCAGCCCCGCCGGGCUCUCGGAACCAGCAUCUUCUGGGCAACGCAGGCGUCACCAAGCGCCCUCUGGUGGCCGCCGAAGGUCGCACCCGCGGCCGGCCGACCGGGGGCUUCUCGCUUUUUCGCUCUCCAGGCAGGUCUGCGCGGCGCCGGGGCGCGUGCGCAGAGCGGCCCCUCGCCGCUCUUUCCAGCUGCAAACAGCUGGUGCGGGACCGGCGCGCGCGCUGAUGGGCGGCUGCAGCAGGAGGCAGCCUUUUGCACUUGCCGCUCGUGCUAGCGCGACGAAAGCCGUGAGAGCGGCCGGAGCGAAGGAUGCAGGCGGCCGAGCCUAUGCCGAGCUAUGAGCAGUUGGUGCGGCGGAGUUACCGGAGCCUAGUCGGGGCGCUGCGGAGCUGCACAGAUUGCGGCUGGGAACUGUCCCGCCGGACGUGGGCCGAGAACGCCCGGCUGGCCUGGACGGAGGCGCUGCUUUUUCUCCUUUGCGCCGUCGGUUGGACUCUAGCGCGCAGCGCAGCCUCUCGCUACCUCUUUCGGCCCAUCGCUGAGUGGUGUCAGUUACCCCCCAAAGAUGCUGCUAAGAUGCCUGAAAGUGCCUGGAAACUCUCCUUCUACAGCAUCACCUGGUUGUACGGCACUUACUUGCUCUUCUUUGCUGGAUACCCCUUUUUCCAUGAUCCACCUUCUGUCUUUUAUGAUUGGGAAAAAGGAAUGCAGGUGCCAUUGGAUAUUGCCCUGGCCUACCUAAUACAAAGCAGUUUUUAUGCCCAUUCUAUCUAUGCCACCCUUUACAUGGAUGCCUGGCGCAAGGACUCGGUCGUCAUGCUCAUUCACCACGUGGUCACGCUGACCCUCAUCGUCUUCUCCUAUAUUUUCAGAUACCACAACAUAGGGAUUCUUGUGCUCUUCCUUCAUGACUUUAGUGACAUCCAGCUGGAGUUUACCAAACUCAAUGUUUACUUCAAGUACCGAGGUGGCAUUUACCACCGUUUAAACGACACCCUUUCUAAUGCCGGCUGCAUCUCCUUCAGCGUUAGUUGGUUCUGGUUCCGUUUGUACUGGUUCCCCUUGAAGGUGCUUUAUGCGACCUGCCACACCAGCCUCCAGUCUGUCCCCAAAAUCCCAUUUUAUUUCUUCUUCAACGUGCUGCUGUUUAUCCUCACGCUGAUGAAUAUCUAUUGGUUCCUGUACAUCGUUGUUUUUGUGGCCAAGGUUUUGCUGGGACACGUGCAGGAAGUGAAGGAUGUACGGGAAUAUGAUAUUGAUGCUGCUUCUAAGAAGACAGACAAGGAGCUUCAUCUCCUCAACUCUUGGAAGGAAGGAAAUCACCUGAAGAACGGCAUCGUGAAAGACAAGCGGUUAUAGAGGCGCUUGCAGGACCACACGUGCACGGAGCCGAAUUCUGGAGAAAGCCGCAAGGAACCCUUCAUUCAAACUCCAGCCUGUUCAAGGGUGAACUGAAGAAAAUAAGAACUGCCACCCUAUCCCGCCCAGGGUUGACAACUAAGUUCUUAAUCGGGGAGCGAUUUACAAAUUUUCUUUUUUUUUUAAAAAAAAAGCCCCCUGGAGUUGGAUUUCAAGCUGGAUUUCCAUUAGCAGUGAUGGAAAUUAGAAGUAGAAGGAGGCCCAUGACGCGUCAUUUUAGCCGGGUCAGGUUGGACAGCAGGGCAUUCACACACACACACACACACACACAUACACACACACACACAAGCUGCUUCCAUCCUCUGGUGCAUCAGUGGUGCCUAGUAGGAAAAAGUUUCCCACCAGGGUGGGAGGGAUGAGGGAACUGUCAAGGCAGGGCCUUCUCUGGGGUGGCCCCAAGAAGGCAGAACUGUUUUCCCCUUGGUUCAGGACUCCUGAUUUGGUUGAAGAGGAAAUAAGGGAGGGGUGGUGGUGGGGAAAUCCCUUCAGGAUCUCCAGCUGGCAAAAAGCAAUGGUAGAAGGAAGCACAUGUGCGAAUCGAUGAAUUUUCAGCCUUACAAGUUAGGGUUGGGAAGGAGUAUCUCACUUUUUACCCCUGUUCCCUUUUCUAAACCAUGUUUGUUUUUGUUCCCCCCCCCCUUGUUCCAGUUGGGAGUGGAAAAAGGCGGCGGUAGUGUUUUGUCUUAACUGCGUGUAUUGGAGAAGUUGUAUAUAAAAUAAGGCUUGG